CUUUCUGCAAGUCAUCGGGGCCGGCCCCCGCUGCCCUCCCGCUCCCCCAGCCCGGCGCAUCCGCUCGGGAAUUAUUUCAUUUAUUUGUUUGUUUGUUUAUUUAUUUAUUUUUUUCCGCCGUGCUGUAUGUACUGGUUUCCUCGUCACCCGCCACGGUUAACUUCCCUGUGACUCGGUUUAACACUUGAGACCUCCGUGGAUGCUGCUAAGAGCACUUCUCUUGCCUUUGCUGUCCCUUGCUGGGAUCGGAUUCACACUACCCGGACCCUGUGUGCCUGUAUGUGUGUUCUGAGUGUCUUGACAUUUUGGUUUUCUUUACAAGAGCUAUGCAUUAAUUGUUACCAAGACCUGUGAAUGACCAUAGGCUUGGCUUGACCUUGAUUUUGAUGGCUUUGUUGGAAGAUCUGAUGAUGUGAUUGCAUGUCAUGAGGUGAUUGCUCUCCAGCCUCCGUGGCUCUGUGUAUAAACCACUUCUGCCACACUGUCACUCAUGGACAAUUCAGAUUUUUCUUUUAAACAAUCCUAUUGGCUAUUUUUAUUUUCUCAAUUUUCAUUUCCCCCUUGUUUCUUCUUAAUAUUGGGAGCUUUAUUCUACCCUCUGAUGUGAUUGACAGUCCUGCUUCUCCGUGCUGCUGAUUUCCAGUUUAAACUACAAUGGCUCUAAGUGGCAACUGCAGGACUUACCUUCCUGCCCGGGAGCAGGGGCCAGGGCUGCCCUCCUUCCCCGAGGUGGUGGAGCUCAACGUGGGCGGCCAGGUUUACUUCACUCGCCACUCCACCUUGGUUGGCACCCCUCACUCCCUGCUCUGGAAAAUGUUCACCCCAAAGAGAGACAUGGCCAACGAUCUGGCCAAGGACUCCAAGGGAAGAUUCUUCAUUGACAGAGAUGGUUUCCUGUUCCGCUAUAUUCUGGACUAUCUCAGGGACAAGCAAGUGGUUCUGCCCGACCACUUCCCAGAGAAGGGAAGGCUCAGGAGGGAGGCUGAGUACUUCCAGCUCCCGGACCUGGUCAAGCUCCUGACUCCCGACGACAGCAAGCAAAGCCCUGAUGAUUAUUGCCACAGUGACUACGAAGAGGUGUCCCAGGGCAGCGACACCAGAAUCUGCCCCCCAUCACUGCUGCCGCCCGACCGCAAGUGGGGAUUCAUCACCAUCGGCUACCGUGGCUCGUGCACCAUUGGCAGGGAGAGCCAAGCAGAUGCCAAAUUCAGGAGGGUCCCAAGGAUUUUGGUUUGUGGGAGGAUUUCUUUGGUCAAAGAGGUUUUUGGAGAAAGUUUGAAUGAAAGCAGAGACCCGGACAGGGCUCCAGAAAGGUACACCUCCAGGUUUUAUCUCAAGUUCAAGCACCUGGAGAGGGCUUUUGACAUGUUGUCCGAGUGUGGAUUCCACAUGGUGGCCUGUAACUCCUCGGUGACGGCUUCCUUCGUCAACCAGUACACAGACGACAAGGUCUGGUCCAGCUACACCGAAUAUGUCUUCUACCUCCGAGGCCAGCUCCCCGCAGGAGACCGUCAUCUGCGGGCCCGUGACUCGCCAGCCCAACAUCCAGACUCUGGACAGGGCCAAGAAGGGCCCGGUGCAGCUGCUGCAGCAGGCCGAGAGCCGCAGGAAGAGCGACCUGCUCCGGACUCUCACCUCCGGCUCCCGCGAGUCCAACGCCAGCAAGAAGAAGGCCGUGAAGGAGAAGCUCUCCAUCGAGGAGGAGCUGGAGAAAUGCAUCCAGGAUUUCCUCAAGAUCAAAAUCCCAGACAGGUUUCCCGAGAGGAAGCACCCCUGGCAAUCGGAACUGCUGCGCAAGUACCACCUGUAGGAUCAGGGCGGGCAGAGGCACGGCCCCGUACCCAGAGCCAGAGCCAAGGGACACAACGGGAACUCCCAGUAAUAACUGUGUGUUAGGUCGCCAAAACCAAACCCAUCUCUAGUACUGCCUAACUUGCCUACUUCACCUUAACAUUUCUAGUGGUAGGGGAGCGAUCUCUCUGCAGUCCUGGAAGCACAAUGACAAACGCUUUUGUUUGUAAACUCGAGUCUUACACAAGCUGAAAACCUUAAUGGCACAGCCAGGGCACGCUGGUGUGGCCCCAGCAGGCAGGGCAGGGCAGGGCAGGGCGGGCAGGGCUCGGUGCCCU